AUGCCCCGUGUGCCUGUCCAGUGCAAAGCCUCUGUUGCACCUAUUCCAGCUCCAGGUCCUAUUGCGCUUAGUCCAACUUUGUCUCCCAGUGCUGCUGCUCCUCUUAGUCCUCAAGCUUCUGUUGCACCCAAUCUAGUGUCACCGGCUUUGGCACCAAAAGCUGAUACAACUCCACUUCUCACUCCGCCAUCUCCAACCGUGGCAUCGGAAGCUCCAACUGCUAAUUCAGGGAGUCGGCCAGUUCUCACCCCAUCAGUUGCCACACCGCCUCACAAUUUUUCACCAUUUCUGCAGCUUGCUCUGCUAGCAGCUAUAGUUCUAAAGUACUACUAUUAA